CGCUUGACUUCGGUGAAACUGCAGUGUCUGAAAAGCUCUGUGAAAAAGGAUUCAGAGAGAUAUUGGCUGGAGGAGAAGGGACUUGUUAUCUUUACAGUGGUAAAAAUUCUCAAAAUUGUUAUCUUUCAACUAUAUUUCUACACUGCAGUUUAGAAAAGACUGUCUUCCAUGGACUUCUCCAUCGGCAUCGUGCUCUUCCUGACCUUCGGCUGCAUCUCUUCCCGAAAAUAUAAAUCCAUGAUCUCAGUGAAGAAUGGAUCUCCUUGGGGGAAAUGGGGUCUACCAUACUACUGUACUAAAGGUUAUGCUCACGCGUUCCAGUUGAAGGUACAAGAUUACCAAGGUUAUUUUUUGUGGGAUGAUGAUACAGGCCUGAAUGGCAUCCGUCUGCACUGUACUGAUGGCACAACCAUUGAAUCUACAGUUGGAAAGUGGGGAACUUGGACAGCGAUUGAUAGUUGCCCCAAAGGCAACCUGCAGCAAUUCUCUCUGCAGGUAGAAAAACACCAAGGGAUCCAUGAUGAUACAGCAGCCAACAAUAUCCGCUUCAAAUGUGAAUUUGGAGUAGUUCUGACCGGUCGUGGACACAAUUGGGGGAACUUUGAGGACUGGAGUGAGAGCUGUGCCCCUGGCUUCAUAUGUGGGAUAGUGACUAGGAUGGAUGAUGACCAAGGUAUUGGUGACGACACAGCUCUUAAUGAUGUGAAGUUCUACUGCUGUGACUGAACCACAAGAGACUCAGUCUCUUACAACACAGCUGCCUGUGUUCUAAAAUAUGAAUCUCAAUGACAAUUAAAU